AUGACUGACGUGUCGUCCUCUAUUGUUCCUCCAGAGACAACCACGCCGGUCCAAACUCCGUCUCUGGAUCAACACUUUUUUGAUAAGGAGUCAUCGUCAUCUACUACAAAUGUUAUUGUUGGUGGUGAUGAUGGAGAUAAUAAUGUAUCUGAUGUUUCAGAGUCUGAAUCUCAACCCCCUUUAAAUGAGUCCUCUUCUCACAAUAAUAAUAAUAAUAAUGAUAGUAAUAAUGAUAAUAACGAAAAUGAUGACGACAGCACGAAUACAAUUAAUAAUGAAAAGAAAACCCCUUCCAAUAAAGCAUCUACAUCCACUGACAUUCCAUUGUCACCUCCGAAUCCUUCACCAUCACCUGAAAAGCAUCGUUUGGAUGACGAACCUACUGGUGUUACACCACCUGAAAAGAAACAGAAGGUUGAAGAAGAAGUAGAAGAAGUAUCAGAUGGUGCUGCUCAAACUCAUCCUCCUCAAUUUUCGGAGCCAGCCCCUAAGCCAGCUCCAGAGCCUGAUAUGAAUAAUCUUCCUGAAAACCCUAUUCCAAAACACCAACAAAAAUUUGCAAUGACUACUAUAAAAGCCAUAAAACGAUUAAGAGAUGCAGGUCCCUUUGUUCAUCCUGUUGAUAUUAUUAAACUUAAUAUACCUUACUAUUACAACUAUAUCACUCGUCCUAUGGACUUGUCAACUAUAGAACGGAAGUUGGCUGCAAAUGCAUAUGAUGACCCUCAACAGAUUGUUGAUGAUUUUAAUUUAAUGGUUAGUAAUUGUCUUAAAUUCAAUGGUGAAACAUCGGGUAUUUCGAAAAUGGCGAAAACUAUCCAAGCACAUUUUGAGAAACAUAUGCUUCACAUGCCUCCUAAAGUUAUAGCUGAAAAGAAAACUGUACCAGUAUCUACACAAGCAUCAAGAAGAAAUAAUAAUGUUUCAAAGUCAGAAACCCCAACUGGGCUUGCUGAUGAUUCACGGUCACCUCGUGGAAUGUCACCUUCAGAUAAAUCUGGCCUUUUGGUUGAUGAAAGUUCUGUUGCUACUCACAGACCCAAGAGAACCAUUCACCCACCUAAAUCAAAAGAAUUACCAUAUGAUGUCAGACCACGUAAGAAGAAGUAUGCUCAAGAAUUACGUUUCUGUAAUCAAACCAUAAAGGAGUUGACUUCUAAAAAGCAUAUUGGAUUCAAUUUUCCCUUUUUAGCACCUGUGGAUACAGUUGCUCUUAAUAUUCCCAAUUAUUCUGAUAUUGUUAAGGAACCCAUGGACUUGGGAACUAUCCAAACAAAAUUGGCUAAUAAUCAGUAUGAAAAUGGUGAUGAGUUUGAGCAUGAUGUAAGAUUAGUCUUUAAGAACUGCUAUUUGUUUAAUCCUGAAGGUACAGAUGUUAACAUGAUGGGACACAGAUUGGAGGCUAUUUUUGAUAAAAGAUGGGCCAAUCGUCCUAUUGCUCCGCCAUCUAGAGACCAAUCCGAAGUGGAAACAAGUGAUGAGAGUGAGGAAGAUGAACCUGAAGUUACUGAAGAAAUGCUUUCCAAUAUUCCAGCCAUACAAGUGAUGGAGAAUCAAUUGAUUCGAAUGAAACAAGAAUUGGAUAAAAUGAAGCAAGAUUACUUGGAGAAGUUGAGACAGCAACAACGAGAAAAUAAGAAAAAACGGAGAAGUAAGAAGAAGCUGUCAUCCAAUAAGCAUCAUUCAUCACUUAAUAGUUUGCCCAAUAGAUCAGCAGCUGCAUUAUUUGAAAAUCAAGUUGUUACCUUUGAAAUGAAGAAGCAAGUGAGUGAAGCAGUCCCCACACUUCCAGAUAAGAAGUUACAAACUGUGAUCAAGAUCAUUAAAGAUGAUGUUUCUAUUGAUGACGAAGACUCGGUUGAAUUGGAUAUGGAUCAACUUCAAGACAAAACCAUUUUGAAGUUGUACAAUUAUUUGUUUGGGAAGAAAUCCAAUGCGUUAAAUGGUAGUAAUAAUAAUAGUGCUACCCUCAAGAAAAAGAAGAAGGCAUAUUUGCCUGGAUCCAUAGAUGAAUUGGAACAUUUGAAAUCACAAUUGGCAUUAUUUGAAGAUGCAGAUGGUUCUACAAAGGGUCUUAUGAAUGUAACGUCACAAGGUCAAGAUUCAUCUGAUGAUGAUGAUGUAUCUUCAGAGAGCUCAGAAGAAGAAUGA